AUGACCAUCUCUAGAACCAAAAACCAAUCCAAUGAAUCAUACUGGAUAGGCCUACAACAUUCUCUCAUCGAUCUAAGAUUUCGAGGCUCAUACGAAGAUCAUGAAAGCUCAUCAUCAAAUCUUAAACUUACCCAAUCACUUGUGGAAGAUUAUUGUUCAGGUCAAUGGAAAUCAAUUCUAGAAAACGCACAAGUCCGUCGAUAUUUUCAAAUCAAUGAAACAGUUUCAGUGAUUCCUAUCGAACUUGAAGAUGAUUUGCAGUUUGAAAUCAUCUCACGAUUAACGGUGGUGGCUACUUUACUUUCGAUCUUUGUACAAGUGAAUUUUACUGGACCUAUUUUCGAUGUAGAACCUUCAAAGGUCUUUAAUUCGGAGAUAGAUGAAUCAAAUUUAAAUUCGAUCAGCUUAAGCGAAUUAUCAUUAGCUGGCGAACCUGCUUAUCAUCUUACUAAAUCAGCCACUUUUCUUUGUUUGGCUAUCAAGUUAAUCGAAAGCUUAUCAUUGAUUAAAAAUAAAAAAGGAGUCGAGACAUUGGCAUGGUGGGAAUUAAGAGCUGGAAUCUUACAUCGAAAAUUAAUCGAAUCUCAAAUUCCAUUUUCGGAUGAACUGUUUUUACGACUUGAUGAGCUUUUAAUUGAUUUAAAAACAAAUUCUUCAGAGAAUUCUAAUGCUCAAGAUUUACUUCCAAUGUUAACUUUAGAAAGAGGCUUAGCUGAACAUUUGAUUGGAAAUGAUAAAGCUGCAAAUCAGUUGUUCCUUCGUGCUGCAGAAGAAGCAGGUCUGGAGUAUGAGCUUACAGGAAUACUAGGAAAACGAACCAAGUUUCAAGAACAAGAUCUGAGUCAACUUGUCCUAUUGGCUAAAGGUCGAACCCGGACGCCUUUUCUCAACACUCAACCUGAUCUCUCCGAUUCUCUUUCUCCAACGAAACAAAGCGUAACCCCUAUCACUUUGGCUCUCAAUGACGAUACCUUGCUAGAAAAGACUCAAUUCACUUCUACAACUUCAUCAAUGUCUUCAUUAAGCAUUGAUCCAAAAAACCAACCUGAACUUCAUCCCUUAGACCAAUCCAUCUUACUCGCUCUUUCACUUUCGAUCAAAAACACUUCUCCUUCGCACGGUCUUACCAAAGCUCAAAUCGCACCUUUUAUUGAACGCGUACUCGAAAACCCAGCCAAUUGGUCUGUCCAUAGUAUGGCACUCUUAGUUCGGAGUAGACUAGAAGCCCAUAGAUCACGUACAGUUGAACGAGGUUUACUCCAACUCCAAGCCCUGGUAGAUCAAUUGACUAAGGAAGCCGAAAAUGAUCCAGUAGAUAGAUGUACAGCAAAAGAAAGGGUUCGUUGGUGUUGGACGUUGGAACUUCCAUCUAAAUGGGACCUAGAAAGACAAUUAGGUAGAAAAUUGAUCGGACUUGGAGUAAUUCGAAGUGCUAUGGAGAUUUUCGAAAGACUAGAAAUGUGGGAAGACGUAGUCCAAUGUCAUCUUACAUUAGAUUCCAAACCGAUAGGAAUUCAAUUAGUUAAAGACUUGAUCAAUGGACAGAAAAUCGAAUCCGAUUUGAAAAUGUCAAAGACUCGUUCUAAUCAAGAUGGGAAACGACUUGGAAAACUUUGGUGUUUGUUAGGUGAACUUGAAUCGGAUCCUACACAUUGGAAAACAGCUUGGGAAAUCAGUGAACAUACUUCAAGUCGUGCAAUGAGAUCUUUAGGAGCUUAUCAUUUCUCAAAAGGAUCUUAUACAGAAUCAUAUGAAUGUCUUUCAACUGCUUUGAAGAUCAAUCCUUUGUUUGCUAAAACUUGGUUUAUAUGUGGUUGUGCUGCUAUGAGAUUAGAGAAUUGGGAAGAUGCAGAGAUGGCGUUUAGGCGUUGUAUUUCAUUGGAUGACGAGGAUGCUGAGGCUUGGAAUAAUUUGGCUACUGUUUAUCUUAAACAAGCCAAUACUGAAGAACCCACAACAUCACACCAAGAGACUUCAACUUCCCACCCGCAAGAUCCAAAAGCCGACCUAGAUUCUGAUGAGGAUGAUGAGGAUAUUCCAGUACCAAUGUUAAUCUCUCGUACAACCUCUGCAUUUCAUGCACUACAGCAAGCAGUCAAAAUUUCAUAUGAUUCAUGGAGAAUGUGGACAAACUAUAUGAUUGUAGGAAUGAGUAUUGGAGAAUAUUCAGAAUCGAUCCGAGCAUUAGGUAGAGUCAUCGAAAUCCGAGGAGAAGAUGGAUUGGAUUUAGAUGUAUUAGAAAAAUUAAUUCAAGUUUCGAUUAUUUCGAAAAAUUCACUUUCUAAUGAAGAAGAGGCGAUCAUUAAUUCUACGAAGAUCUUUGAUAGAUUGAAGGAUGUAAUGAAUAGAAUCGUUUUAAUUAAAUGUUCAAAAGUUUGUAGGGUUUGGGAAUUGAUGUCAAACUUAUGUGAAUGUGUUCAAGAUUAUAAAAGUGCUUUGGAACAUCAACUUACAGCUUAUCGAGUUGGAGUUUCACAGGUUACAGAACUAUGGACCACUAAUUUAACAUCAUGGAAAAUAGCAUGUGAGAUUGUAGAAAGAACGCUUGAUAGAUUAGAAACCAUUGGAUCUAAGUUGAAUGAUGAAGAGGUGAAUUGGAAAUGGCAAGUUAAAAGUAUUUUACGUGGGUUUUUGAGUAGGUCUAAGAAUAGUUUUGAGGAUGAAGAGAGAUGGGUUUUACUUGAUUCACGAUUGAAAAGUAUUAAACAAGGUUGA